AUGGGGGCAGUGUACGAAUUGAUUGGGCAUGAACCCCCAGCUGCGAUCAAAUAUAUGCUUUGUGGAAAUGAUGCACAAUUGAAGAUCUUCAAAAAUGAAUGUGAAGCUUUGAAGAACAUCUAUCAUAAAGGACCACUCAAGGGAGUGAUUCUUGAUUCAACAAUUACAUAUUCAAUGAACACUGUUCUCACCUGGGGAAUCCAAUUAUUUGAUGCCAUUGAUCACAUGUAUCAGAAACACAAAUUGGUACAUCGAGAUAUCAAACCAGACAACAUUUUUGUGACCAAUGAAUACCAGCUGAAGAUUGGUGACUUCGGAGCGGUAAAAGUAGUGGGAGAUGGAACUGUUACGGGGACGUUUAUUGGAACACAACGAUAUAUGAGUCCACCUGAUAUGAAGGAGGAUGGGGUACAACGGGAUCUUUAUGAACAAGUGAUGAAGGCCGACGUAUUCGAUUCCCAUCGAAAUGAUGUCUACAGUCUGGGACUUGUUAUGUGGGAAAUCAUCGAAAGGAGAACCAUUUUCAAAAAAUAUGAAAUAUCUGGAGUGUUUGAUCGUGACCUAUUCUUGGUUGAUAUUAUACCCAGACGUCUUACUGAAAUCGAAUCCCCUGAAUGUCAAACAGAAAUUCAAAAGAUCAUCUCGAGUUGUACUAACUUUCAACGUAUUCGUCGUCCAGCAGCUUCUGGAGUCUUGGAUUUCCUCAAACAAACACAGCAAGCAAAUGAAUUCAUCUCUUCACUCCCUUUUAUGCCCACAGAAGAUAAAAACCAAAAAGAAUUGAUGAAACCAAUUGGAUUUGAUGGCAGAACAGAAUGGGUUAGGUUAAAGCCUUAUCUGGAAAAAGCGACAACAUCCAGAGAAACGACAACAACAUCUGUUGAACGCCAUAUUGGGAAUGGAGCAAUGAGAUUCGUGCAAGCCAGGACUCUUUUUGUGAAACCGAUCACAAAAGAUGGAAAGCAAGAUUUCGAGGAAGUGAUGGGUGACAUUGAAUUGCCCGAAGAAUAUAAACCGGAUACGAAGGAUCGUAUCUAUCGUCCACCGAAACUCAAUGAAGAUAAACAUGUUUAUCAUGUGAUCGCCAGUGGAAAUUUUGCCGAUAUUAUUGCCGCUGUAAAUCGAGAUGGAAAACCUGUAGCUGCAAAGAGAUACAAGAUUGAAGAAUUGAAGCAAACAAGUGAUGGUUAUACUCGCCUCAGAAGAGAAAUUCAAAUUUCUCGUUUCAAUCGACAUGAGAAUAUUGUCGAAUUUUAUGAUGAUUUUGUGGAGAAGCCCGAAAAUCCAACACACAUCUGGCUUGUCACCGAAAGAAUGGAUCACACUUUGGAGAAAUAUUUUGAACAUCUCCGCCGUAAAGACGAAACACCAGAGCCGGUGAAAAGAGAACUCCGCCAGGUUGGAGCACUUCUCACUCAAUUACUUCGAGCUCUUGAUUACAUUCAUCAACGUGGAAUCAUGCACAGGGAUGUGACUCCCCGAAACAUUGGAAUGAACCAAAAAGAGUUCGAGAUCAAACUUCUUGAUUUUGGACUUGCCAGAGAAACAAAUCCAAAACUCGAUCACUUGACAAAUGUUGAUACUUUUUACAUCUACCGAUCUCUUGAAGUCUUCAUGAGAACCAAGUACAAUACAGGAGUUGAUAUUUGGGCUGCAGCUUUAGUUGCUCUUGAAAUGUUGGGAAUCAAAUUGUUUAUGCCAACUGAAGACGAUGAAGAAAUCACAAAAAAGAAUGGAAAACCUGGAAUGGAAAACGCCGUCAAGGACAGGAUCUUCACCGUUCUUGGAGUCCCAGAGGACCAAUAUCAAUCAAUCUUUGGCCGACCCAUUGAAGAGAAACCACACGCCGGCGAGCUUGACAAGAUUUGGGAGGAGAAAAUCGAGCCACGUUUGGAUAGAGAUAUCGGGCCAUUAAGAAGAGAUGACUUUAAAGAUUUAAUUAAAAAGAUGCUUCACCCAAAUCAACAACAACGUUUGCGGGCCGAUGAAUGUCUCCUUCAUCCGUUUUUGCGUAUUUUGAACGAAAAAUACGAUCAACGAGCCAGUUCACUCGGUACUGGAAAACAACCAAAGGACGAUCAACAGAUGAAAUCUCGAAACGCUCAAAAUCGAGAGGUCCUUUUGAAGGAAAUGGCCGAUCCACGCAAUCAGCGUCUUUUCACUGAUGAGAAAUUUUUUAAU